CUUAGCCGCAAAGGCUGCUGGGAGGUUGUGUCUGUGCCGCAGACAUUUUGGAUCUAAAGGGGCUGAGCCGUCAGUCCUAGCUCUCGGUUUCCCAGAGCUACGUAGAACAUGUCCACUAUGGUGUAUCCACGGGAAGAGAAGCUGGAGAAGCUCUCUCAGGAGGAGAUCAUCUCCAACACCAAGCUGGUGAUCCAGGGUCUGGAGGCUCUGAAGAACGAGCACAACUCCAUCCUCCACAGCCUCCUGGAGACCAUCAAGUGCCUGAAGAAGGAUGAAGAGGCCAACCUGGUGCACGAGAAGUCCAACCUGCUCCGCAAGUCGGUGGAGAUGAUCGAGCUGGGCCUGGGGGAAGCUCAGGUGAUGAUGGCCCUGUCCAACCACCUGAACGCCGUGGAGUCGGAGAAGCAGAAGCUGCGUGCUCAGGUGAGGAGGCUCUGCCAGGAGAACCAGUGGCUGCGGGACGAGCUGGCCAACACCCAGCAGAAGCUGCAGAAGAGCGAGCAGAGCGUGGCCCAGCUGGAGGAGGAGAAGAAGCACCUGGAGUUCAUGAACCAGCUCAAGAAGUACGAUGAGGACGUCUCACCCACUGAGGAGAAGGACCGAGAGACACCGAAGGACUCGCUGGACGACCUCUUCCCCAACGACGAGGAGGAGCACGGCCAAGGAAUGCAGCACCAACACAACAGCGCUGCCGUGGCUGCAGCCCAGCAGGGAGGCUACGAGAUCCCCGCCCGCCUGAGAACCCUGCACAACCUGGUGAUCCAGUACGCCUCCCAGGCGUACGAGGUGGCCGUCCCGCUCUGCAAGCAGGCUCUGGAGGACCUGGAGAAGACCUCUGGACACGACCACCCCGACGUGGCCACCAUGCUCAACAUCCUGGCUUUGGUCUACAGGGAUCAGAACAAGUACAAAGAGGCCGCCCAUCUGCUCAACGACGCUCUGUCCAUCCGGGAGAAAACACUCGGCAAGGACCAUCCCGCUGUUGCUGCAACGCUGAACAACCUGGCCGUUCUGUAUGGCAAGAGAGGGAAGUACAAGGAGGCCGAGCCGCUCUGCAAGAGAGCUCUGGAGAUCAGAGAAAAGGUGCUGGGGAAGGACCAUCCAGAUGUGGCCAAACAGCUGAACAACCUGGCUCUGCUGUGUCAGAACCAGGGCAAGUACGAGGAGGUGGAGUACUACUACUGCCGGGCGCUGGAGAUCUAUGAGUGCAGGCUGGGCCCUGAUGAUCCCAACGUGGCCAAAACCAAGAACAACCUGGCAUCCUGCUUCCUCAAACAGGGAAAAUACAAGGAGGCUGAGAUCCUGUACAAAGAGAUUCUGACUCGUGCUCAUGAGAAGGAGUUUGGAUCUGUGGAUGCUGAAAACAAACCCAUCUGGAUGCACGCGGAGGAGAGAGAGGAGAGCAAGGGCAAGCACAGAGACAACACCCCGUACGGAGAGUACGGAGGCUGGUACAAGGCCUGCAAAGUCAACAGCCCAACAGUGAACACCACCCUGAGGAACCUGGGGGCGCUGUACCGCCGACAGGGCAAGCUGGAGGCGGCUGAGACCCUGGAAGAGUGCGCCGUCAGGUCCCGCAAGCAGAGCAACACAGGCAUCGACCCCAUCCACGGGACGCGUGUGGUGGAGAUCCUGAAGGACACGGAUGGGGACAGGCGGAGGAGCAGGGACAGCCUGUCCAGCGUUAAGUACGAGAGCGGCUCUGAAACUGGCGAGGAAGUGAGUAUGGGCGUGGAGUGGAACGGGGACGGCAGCGGCGCUCUCCAGCGUGCAGGCUCUCUGGGAAAGCUCAGAGACGUUUUGCGUCGAAGCAGCGAGCUGCUGGUGAAAAAACUUCAGGGUAACGGACCUCCUGAACCGCGCAGCACUAACAUGAAGCGAGCUGCUUCCUUGAAUUACCUGAACAAAACCAGUGACGACCAGUUCCAGACUCGAGGAGGCGGUAACUUCAGGGAGAGCCGCGGUCUGAGCUCGAGCACCGUGGACCUUUACACUGGAAACUGAACGACUUCCUGUUCAGAAGCUCCUUUUCUUAGGCUCGUUCUUGGAGCUACAACGAUCACCAACAACACUACCAGACCCGGCAGUUUCUCUGCAACCCAAAGACCCGAUUCCUCGAAGAUUCCGAUCCAAAGACUUGAUUUAGUCAGAGAAACGUGUUUAGUUUUUAAAUUCAGGCUGUUUUUUUUAUGUUUCCCUCGUUGUGUUCCAUGUCGCCUCAGUGCCUCUUACACACGGCCAUGAAACAACCUCGUCUCUCCCUCAUCCAGAAUCACUGUGAGUCAGCACUUUGUCUUCAGCUGUGGUCGUCAAACACUUCCUCACACUGUUUUGAUUUGAAGGUGGAGUCAGCAGCAUUUUUCAUUGCGGUUUGUAAACACAAAAUUCGAACUAAGCCCCUCCUCCUGGGCUCAUCACUCACUGGAGGACGUAGUGUGUACGUUUACUGCUUGUACCUACACUGCAAGCUAACGCACGCUAUCACAAGCUAAGCGGCGGUGUUUGUCACCUGCCUGUCCAACAGGAAGCAGACCAACUCCACGUCCACGGGUAAAAGACAACACAAGGUUCACCCUCGUUUUAGAACCAGCUUUAUCGGCUUGGUCAUUGGCUGCGCUGCGCUGUCAUUGGCUGGAGGAAACACACCAGCUCCGCCC